AUGUCUCUCAUUUAUAUUUUUGCAGAAGCCUUCCAGCCAAUUUACCAGUCUAUGGGGUUUUCUGCAUCUCACGCAUCUUUGAUAUUUACAGCCAUUGGAGUGGGGACGUGCUUGAGUGCUUUCACCCGUAUCCUCGAUCACCAAAUAUUCAAUCGCCGACGAGCCCAAGGUCUUCCCAUAAGACCAGAGCACAAGCUAACAGGACUAGCAAUUGGUGCUCCAUGUUUGGCAAUCGGUUUAUGGUGGUUUGGAUGGACGAUUCCUCCCAAAGUACAAGGACCCGACGUGCCGUGGAUUGUGCCAACCAUUUCGCUGGUUUUGGUCGGAUAUGCCUUGACAGAGAUCGACACUUGUCUGUAUGGAUAUAUUGCGGAUAGUUAUUUGAGUUACUCAGCCAGUGCUACGGCUGCGGUGGCGUUUAUGAGGGGAAUGCUUGCUGCAACAUUUCCCCUUUUCACAAGGCAGAUGUUUGAUGGAUUGGGGGCUAAUGUUGCCGUUUCAAUACUGGCAGGUGUGGCAACUGUAUUUUGUAUUGCACCGCCAUUGUUUAUAUGUCAUGGUGAGAGGAUUAGAAGGAGCAGCCGUUUUGCAAGAUAUAGCUGGGAGAUUCAAGAGGAAAUGGGGAAAGAUGAGGAUGAUAUUUAG